AUGGCUCUCCCUAGUGCUGCUGUGCCCAUCUUAGAUUCCGCUUUGAUGCACGAAAAACGAAGCUCGAUUGCAGAGAAGCUCGCCCCAAGCGCCAACACUAAACCCGCUCGUCCGAAAGGUGUUCGCAUUCUCGCUCCACAUGAGUACAAGGAAGCUGCAGCAUGUCUUGCUGAGGCUUUCAAGUCCGAUCAUGUUGUUCGCUAUGCCAUUGACACUCCCGAUAGACUUCACUUGAGUGAAGAGGAGCGCUAUGCUUUGCAUACAGCUGGAAUGGAAUACGUAGUCUAUGCACAUAUCCUGCAAGGCCUCGUUCUAAGUGUCGGUGAGAACUAUGACUGUGUUGCCUUAUGGUUGCCUCCUGGUAAGAACAUCGAUGACUGGUGGACUAUCUUACGAAGUGGCUUGUGGAGAAUGAACUACAAGUUAUCUGCGGAAGGAAAGAUCCGGUUCUUCGAGGAGUUCCUUCCCUUACUCGGUCGCACCAAGGCAGAGGUACUAGGAGAGAGAGAUUCCACGUCAUGGUAUCUGAACUAUAUCGGCACAAAACCAUCAGCUCGCGGUAAGGGAUAUGCUCGGAAGUUGAUUGAUUACGUGGGCAGCCUGGCCGAUGAGGCGGGACUUCCAUGCUACCUCGAGAGUUCUCACGACAUCAAUAUCAUUAUCUACGGCAAGAUGGGCUAUGAACUCAAGAAGAAGAUCUACCUUCAACGAGCUGCCCAUGAACUCAGACUUGAUGUGAUGGUCAGAGAGCCAGCUGCCGUCAGAGAGAAAUCAAGACUGAUGGCUGAAGCCGAGACGGGAUAG